UCUCCGGCUGCGCGGGAACACCGCAAGUCAGAUUCUGUACAAACGGGUCACAUGCACACACUCAGCUAGAAGGCAGGCGCCAUCCAUCCAUCCAUCCAUCCAUCCAUCCACCCAUGUAUCCAUCAGUCAAAUGUAUGCAUGCAUCGAUCAUGCCUUGACCAGUGACUUGUAGCAGAUGAGAAUGAACAGGAUGAUGAACACCGAGUUGACGCAGAACCGGAGGUGGCUGGUCCCCAUCUCCACACGCGGCAGCCCCAGCAGCUUGGCCAUACGCUCGGAUGAGUCUACUUGCAGGAAUGUCAGCAUCGCAUUCCAAUUGAACGAAAAAACUGCACCACCCACACACACAAACCAUUCACCACACGUCUGUAUAUGAGGCCAUCCUUGCACUCCUGUGUGUGUGGUCACCACAUAGGGCUGCGAUGCCCAGGAGUUCCAUCCAUGGGAAUGCGAGUGAGUCGCCGCGGCGGGCCGACGCGUCCCCCUGGUGCACAAGAGUGAAGUAGUUGGUCGCCUCGUUGAACACACGGGCGUUGCGCUCUGCGCUCCGCAGCGAACCCACCAACCGCGCCUGCAUGAAAGCCAUGCCACCUGGUGAUUGGGUGCCCGACCGUUCGAUCGUCGUUACCUUUAUUUCGAGGUAUCUGGCUGGCCUCUCCCUCUUCAGUCGCGCAAAGUCGCCAUAUAUGUCCAGAUCAGCCAGGGCCCGCUCAGCGUCCUGCAACAACACGAGAUAUGAGCACGAUGGGAGUCUGCCCACGGAUCGCUGCGUGGUGGCUGACCUCUUCCAGCGACGCAGAGAGGUUGCGGUGGGUAGCUGUUGCAGGCGGUGUUGGUGUUGACGAAGGCCCACCAGUCACCUCGUCGCUCUGCGCCACAUGAGACCUGACAAGUAAGACAGGCACAGGCAAGAAACAAUCCAGAAAUGUUUUGAUGAUCGCUGGCGGGCCCUGACCUGGUUGAUGGCUGUCUGUGUCUGAUCUGACUGUCGCCGUCCGUCCUCUUGUCAUGGGUGAGAGAGGGCAUCACGGUCUCUGUCGCAGCUGUGCCAGGCUCGCCGGCCUCUUUCUUGGCAUUCUUGUCGUUGGUCUUGGCGUCGAUGGCCUCGAGGCCUGUGGGGAUAGAGAGCCGCUUGUGCAGCACCUGCAUUGAGUGAACACCGAAGGGAUGUAUAUGAGAGGACACUCGCUGCCUUGGCCACCGACGGGGUAUAGGCUGCGAUGCCCGCACGCAAUGGCCACCUCUGCAAGAUAGCUACAGCCUGGCAGAAGAGGAAAGGUGAGUCCUGACGACCAGCUGUCAGUGCUCCUCUAUCUGCGUCACCUGUCACGUUGUCUGCGAGCAGCAGCACGUCGAUCCAGUUGGUGCUGCUCACACGACCCACCAGCAGGUGCUGCACAUACCAGACCAGCCUCUCGUCACCCAGCCUGAUAAGACAGGACAGCGAGAAACACAUGGGUGAAUGAGUGGGUUUGUCACCUGCAGGCCAGGAUGAUCAGCUGCCGCAAUGUGGAGGUCGGUAGACGCCGAUCGUACGCUACGUCAGCCUGAUCAAACACAACACGGAAACUCACGCGACAGUUGACAUGCCCGAUUUCUUCUUCUCACCUCCAGUGUUUGCAGAUAGGCAAAGCGCACCACCCGAAGCACGUUCUCCCUGCUCAUGUCCGCCACACUGACCACAUACCGCACGUGCACGCCUCUAUCCCUGGCGGUCUUGACCAGCCCCACCACUCGCCCAUCUGCCGCACCAUGCCCCUCCCCCUCCCGCCCUCCCUGCCCAUGGCGGUUGACGCUCGUCACCGGAUAGUAACUGGAGGUGCUCGUCUCAUAGGUCGUCACUCUGACACCCCCUUCACGCUUCUUCCCCAGUUUUUCCUUGGCAUAUGCCUCCUCUUUGCUCCAGUGGGUAUCGACGAGGCCAAUCGGGAGCAGCAUGGGAUAGGCGGACGCGAGUAGAAAUGAGUGGGCCAUCACGGCGGCGGAGGUGGCGUCAGCAUCGGGCUUGUGGUGGCACAGGAGAAGAGUGUCGACGUCGUGGUGGAAGCCCUUGGAGGUCAUGUAGGCUGCGAAGCGGCUCGUGGGAUCGAAGGGAGGGGGAGGGAUGGGCAGGGGAGGUGAUGGGGCGUCCGGCUGGUCACUCAGCAAAAGCGCCGUUCGCUCAGUGAAGGCGUACAGUGACGCGAGGAGGGCUGGAACGGUCGACGGCGGGACAUCAACCAGCGGUUGCGCCUCCGCCGCUAGGGCCUUGAGCCGGUGCAGCUUGAGCCGGGCAGCCACUCGACACAGGCCGUCCACGUCCAUGUCCCCCAGCCCAUCCCUCGGCAGCCUAUCGGUAUAGAGGAAGAAGACUAGUGCGUGGAGGGACUGUGGCGACAGCUCUCUCAGCAACGAUGCCGCUUGGCUAUCGCUUGGCUUCUGCUGCGUCGCUGCGGCUGUCUUUGCUGCCUUUGCCCGCUCUCGAUAUAUCUCAUUGGCCAGUUCGAUCAGCUCCUGGCCCUCCGUGCCCCCACUUUCGUCCUCAUUUGCAGAUGGCUCCUCAGCAAUGCUGUCAAGACCGCCUGGCUUGCUGGCACGCGACUGAAGAGGCUGGCUGGCUGACGAGGGGCUCGGGUGAGUGGGGUGUGGGUCUGCCCGGCGGGUGAAGGCCUCGACUAUAGCGGGACAUCGCACUUGCAGAAAGGCUGACGUGGACAGAUAAGGAACAGCGAGAUGGUCUAGUCUGGUCUGGUCUGUGUGUGUAUUUCGUUUGUCGGUGUACCUGAGUGCGCAUAGACUCUGCAGCCGUCGGGCAGCUCAUAGAAGACGUCACCAGUCCGAUCAGCACCUGAUAGAGGACCAGCAGCAGUGGCACCUCAGGGACGACAUGGCCUGUCGUGGCUUGCUUACUUUCGAGCGUUUUCUCCAGCAGUGUGGUAACUUUGCCGCCCGCAAAGCUGUGCCAGCCGCCAGCCGCCACACUCUCAAAACCCAACAGAGGAAGAUGCACCUGCCAACACAUGCCCAACGCAUACACGCACUUGCUGACGGCCUCUUGUGAGCUUUCUCACCAAUCUGGGCAUCCAGUGAUGGCACGGCUCGUCGCGUCCCUCAUGCCAUCCCUGUUCUUCCUCUAGGCGAUCACUGGUAGCCGGCGGUGGACGUGCGGCCGUGUGUGAGGGGCUUCCCCACGCAAACAGCAUUCCUGAAGGACAGGAACCGAAUACACAUAAUGCGCAGCGGGCGGUGGUGUGGCGGUGUGGUCUGAUGGCUUGUCUGAACGGCUUGCUUGCCUUGUGCAGUGAGUGCGAUGGAGUGAGUGAAGGCGCCACUGAUCGAGCGCACCUCGCAGUCCCGCAGACACAGCACCUGCUUGGGCGUGACCCACGGAAACGAACACGGCGAAAUGCGAAAAUGGGCCGCAAAGCCUACCUGCAAACAGCACACGUCUGUGAACACGUCAUAGCCAGGUCGUUCCUCUAUCACCAGCUCAUUGGCUUCUGCGAGUGUCCCAUGUCCCAGGGUGGGUCCGCCGCAUGCGCCCCAUGUGAAAAGUCGGCCCUGGCUGUCGACGGCCAUCGAGUGGGACUCGCCGCACGACACGAGGCGGAACCGGCUGCCCUCCUGGGUGGCACUCCACGGGUCGCGGACGCGCCUCGGCUCGAAACUAUCCUGACAGCAUACAUCAAUCGCCCAUCGUGGUCAAAGGUAAAGAUGCUGUGGCGCGUUUGUGUGUGUACAUACCACUAGGUCGCCGAUGCCCAGCUGGCCACGCGCAUUCUCGCCCCUGCAGGGCACGGACAGAAGAAAGAGUCGUCGCCUGCCGUGUGGGAAUACGUGUGUACCAUGAGUAUAGGGCCCCCUGUGAAGAUAUGGCAAGGCAGUGUGCAGCACCGGCAGACACACUCGACACAACCACACCCUUCAGCCCUGCACAAACACGCAAAUACCGACCGCUCCACAUCAUCGACCCAUUGGAUCAUGCUCUCCUACCAUACCUUCCACAGGUGCGGGGUACAGCUGGUUCGGGCCAGCCACACGAUACCCAAGACGACCUGCAACACACACAGACACAUGGUAUGGUAAGCAUGUGCGUGGAUGCACUCCUGCAGCCCCUCACCGCUGGCAGCCAUCCCCCACGUGUAGACGCGUCCCCCCUCCGUCAGAGCCACGGAGAACCCAGACCUGUCAACAAACAGACAAGUGGAAUCACAGGUCACAUCGACACUUAGAGGCCAUACCCGGCUGCGAUUUGCGCGACGCGCGUGUGUCGCAGGUCAUCAAUGGGCGACGGAUGGCUGACGUGGUCCUUCUCCACACCCAGGCCUGUCGCUGGUCCAAACCCCCAGGCCCACACACGGCCACACCGACUCAACGCCAAGGUGUGGGCACCUGACACACACACAUUAUGCACAGAAGAAAGCAUACAAUCGACGGAUGCAUCACAGUAAGCCAGGCAGUGCGUCCUAUCAUCCAUCCAUCCAUCCAUCUCACUCACCGAGCAUCCCCCCUCCCGCGGCGACCGACAUUAUGGCUGUCUUAGGCGGGAAGGCCACUGGCGGGGGCGUGAAACAGCCACGGGACAGGGGAGAUGGCUUGGCCACCGACUCAUCUUUCUUGUCAGUAUCCGUGCUGGCUAAGGGGCCUGCCGUGCCUGCAAGGCAAGGAAAGAGCGAAUGGAUGAUGGAUGAGCGGCUGCAGCCGCGCUCACCCAGGCAGCCGGUGACUUGUGAGCCGCACAGCAAAAGGCCCCCUUGCCGCGUCACCAAACAACUAUGGUACCAGCCGCAACACGCAGAUAUCACCUCGCUGGAAGAGAACAACGAGAUGAAUCGACAGGGUAUAUCAUUGAAUGUUGAAUGCCGCUGUGUGUGCAUUAGUCGUCCUUUCUUGCCUGCCAUUGAGAGGGCCGAGUCGUGUGGGGAAGUCGAUGUCAUCUGAGUGGCCAUGACCCAGCCUGCCAUAGCUGCCGCUGCCCCAGCUGUACAGAUGUGUCAUCGGGGCGCUGCUGGCGACUGAGAUGAUGGGUCAGAUCUCCCCAUAACGAUGCCAAAGAGCUUGCAUCGCACUAUCCCCUGCUUCCGAUGAAUUGAUCUCAACGUAGCAUUGCAUCGUUGGCCAUCGCAAGAUCCUGUGAGUCUACUUUCAGGCCUCGUUUUCGG